AUUAUUUACCGUCAGUUAACACGUUGACCGAAGAAUGCCUGCCGCGUCUCGAAAGCGAGCUUCGCGUGCACGCAGGGAGCCGUCUGAUGACCACAUAGAAGCGGGUGACCUUACCCAAUGCAACGAUGAAGCCGUAGACUCUGAGGCGAGCGACGGCGAGCAGUCACGUAGAACGGUGAAGAAGGAUAAGAAAGAUAAGAAGGGCAAGGCUGUACACGGAGAGGGAGGUCUAGCUCUCGAAUCUGACAAUGACGACGGGAGGAUCGAUGUGGAGAACUUCCGCGACCAGCCCCUGGAUAAGAAGGAAGGCGCAAAGCUGCACGGUAUAGCACAGGAUUGGGAAUUAAUUAGGAAGCAAAUACAUCAAGGCUCCUUUUCCCUUGUCAAGGAUGUCGCCAUAUCCCUUGCGGACGUAAUGGAAGUUGAUCAGUCCGUGGAGGCGUUGAAUGGAGUUGAUGUCAUCAUGAAGGAGCUCCUGGACAUUGACCAAGAAAUGCUCUUCCGUGAGGAAACCCUGAAGGAGCUCCACCAGAAACUCAUGCUUGGAGAGCGCGUGGAGGAUGUGAUGGAUAGAUAUGAAAACGGGGUGAAAGAGAAGAUAGACCAUUACCGCAGCAAGACCAGUCGCCAGAAGUACGGACCCAGUGUGGUGUACACGCAAUUCAGGGAAGGCAUCUUUGAGGUACAAAAUCCGGGCGCCCCGAUACCACCUAUCAAAGAAUUCAUUCCAAGAGAACGUGGUGAUGGCAGUGAUGAUGAUGAAGAUCUUGAAAUCGGAGGCGUAACUCAGGAUUACAAGUGUCCUAUUACGCUGACCACACUAGUGAACCCCAUGACCUCCAAGGUCUGCGGACAUUCAUUUUCCGGAGAUGCCAUACAGGAAUACCUCCAACGGGCUAGAGCAGAUGGGAUUGCGUGCCCUGCGGCGGGAUGCAAGAAGAGACUGACGAUGGCAGUGUUACGUCCAGACAAGGAUCUGGAAAAGAAAAUCAAGAUAGCGGCACGGCAACGUCAAAGGCUGGCAGAAGAUAGUGACGACGGCGAGGUGAUAGAAUAGAUCCAGUUGUAAUUUCCGCAAGCUGCUUUGCUGCAUUAUUGCUACCUUCAUGCUUCUUACAUUUUGGUCGGACUGCAGCUCAGUGUCGCAGUAGAGCUAGACCGAACCAUCAGUUUCUGUAUGCAUUACG